AUGGAGUCACACACCUUGCAAGGCUUACUGAGGGAACUCACCUGCUCCAUCUGUAUGAACUACUUCCUAGAUCCGGUCACCUUAGACUGUGGGCACAGCUUUUGCCGUCCCUGCCUGUGCCUCAGCUGGGAUGCGGCUCAGAUUCCAAUACGCUGCCCUUAUUGCAGACAAGUGUCAGAGAAGCCAGAUUUCAAAACCAGCAUCACACUCAGGAGACUGGCUUCCCUAGCGAGAAAGGCCAGAGCUGACUCUGUCAACAGCUCUGAGGAGCAAUUCUGUGUGCCACACAAAGCAGCAAAGAGGCUCUUCUGUGACAUUGAAAAGAAACUCUUCUGUAGGCACUGCUCUGAUUCCCCGAACCAUGUGGCUCACAGCCACAGUCCGACCCAACAGGCUGCUGAGGACUACAGGGAGGAACUUCUCAAGAGAAUGGGCUCCUUAUGGAAUAUGUCUCAAGAAAUGCAAAACAAUGUGAAGAUAGAAGAUAAGAAAGCCAGGUCAUUGCAGGAUUACGUGGCCCUUAGGAAGGUAAUGAUCAGAGCUGAAUAUCAGAAGAUUCAUCAAUUUCUCUAUGAGGAGGAGCGCCUCUAUGUGAACACAAUGGAGAGAGAAGCAAAUGAGAUCUUCCAACAACUGCAGGAAAGCAAAGUCAGAAUGACCCAACAGACAGAAAGCCUGAAAGAAAUGUUUAGAGAGCAGAUGGGCAUGUGCCACAAGCCAGAUGUGGAGAUGCUCCAGGAUUUGGGAACUGUGUUGGAAAGGACCAAAUUGGUGCGGAAUCAAAAGCCUCAACCAGUGAAUCCGGACCUCACUUCCUGGUGCUGCACUGGACUCCUGGAGUUGCUGAACAAGUUCAGAGUGGAUAAUGUCCUGAGUGAUGGAAACAUCAGUCUCUUCGUGUGUAUUUCUGAGGAUGUGAGGAGUGUGUUGUUUCCAGCUGACCAUUACAACAUGUCCAGGGAGCCCCAGAGACUGCGGAGUUUUGUGAUUUGGGGAACGCAUACCUUCACCUCUGGUAGACAUUACUGGGAGGUGGAUGUGCCACACUCCUCGUGUUGGAUUCUGGGAGUCUGUAAAGAUAUCCUCAUAAUGGAAAACCUUUUCUUUAUUGAUUGGGAAGAAGCAUCUGUUCUAUUUUCCUUGAAGAUGAAUGAUCAUUUUUAUCUCUACACUAACCGCCCACUCAUAGUUCAUCAUGUGAAAAUGCCUGUGGGUAAGAUUGGAGUUUUUCUGGACUAUGACAAAGGAAUUGUGAGCUUCCAUAAUGCUGGCAAUGGUUCCCUCAUAUGUAGUUUAGUUUCUUCCUCCUUCUCUUCCCCUCUGAAGCCUUUCCUUUGCUUGGAAGCUUCAUGA